ACCGCCAACACUAAUCUAGCAAUCAGGAACAUAGACAACAAACCCAUAUCCAUUACAUAGAUCACUCAGAUCUCUACUACAUUUGUAUGCAUUGUUCUUAAACUAGUUGUGUUUUGCAGAUUUUAAGGUUUUGAAAGUGGUUUUCUUUGUUCUGGUGCUAUGUCAAAAGCUGCCUCCAUUCAGCUUAUUUUUGUACUAGUUGUUGGGUUCUUGAGUGUUUUGAAAGCUGAGGACCCUUAUAAAUACUAUACAUGGACUGUUACUUAUGGAACAGCUUCUCCUCUGGGUACCCCUCAACAGGUCAUUUUGAUUAAUGGGCAAUUUCCUGGACCUAGACUUGAUGUUGUUACUAAUGACAACAUUGUUCUUAAUCUUUUCAACAAGCUGGAUGAGCCUUUUCUUUUAACAUGGAAUGGAAUUAAACAGAGGAAAAACUCUUGGCAAGAUGGUGUGUUGGGGACAAAUUGUCCUAUCCCCCCAAAUUCAAAUUUCACUUACAAGUUUCAACCAAAAGAUCAAAUUGGAGGAUAUACAUACUUCCCAUCUACUGCAAUGCACAAAGCUGCUGGAGGGUUUGGGGCACUAAAUGUCUAUUCAAGACCAAGGAUUCCAAUCCCGUAUGCCACACCAGCUGCAGACUUUAGUUUACUUAUUGGUGACUGGCGCAAGGGUAACCACAAGGGAUUAAGACAGUAUCUCGAUUCUGGAAAGUCUUUAACAUUUCCUGAUGGCGUUCUUAUCAAUGGACAAACACAGUCUUCCUACAGCGGUGAUCAAGGUAAAACAUACUUAUUCAGGAUUUCAAAUGUGGGCUUGUCAACCACCUUGAACUUCAGGAUUCAGGGACACAAGAUGAAGCUAGUUGAAGUUGAAGGAUCUCACACGGUUCAAAACCUGUAUGAUUCUCUUGAUGUGCAUGUUGGCCAAUCCGUCUCUGUGCUAGUUACUUUAGAUCAGCAACCGAAAGAUUACUAUAUUGUUGCAUCAACACGAUUUACAAACCGUGUUCUGACAGGCACUGCAGUGUUACACUACAGUAACUCCCAUACCCCAGUAUCCGGACCUGUACCCGCUGGUCCAACUUAUCAGGUUCACUGGUCGAUGCAGCAGGCCAGAACCUACAGGUGGAAUUUGACAGCAAAUGCAGCCAGGCCCAACCCCCAGGGUUCUUUCCAUUAUGGAACUAUUAAACCAGCAAAAACAAUUGUAUUGACAAACUCAGCUCCUCUAAUAAACGGCAAGCAACGAUAUGCUGUCAACAGAGUCUCUUACAUCAAUGCUGAUACCCCUUUAAAACUUGCUGAUUACUUCAACAUUCCUGGAGUGUUCAGCACAAAUUCCAUACAAAGUUCCCCUUCUGAAGGUCCUGCAUCCGUUGCUACCGCGGUUAUGCCUGCCUCCCACCACGACUUUAUUGAAGUUGUCUUUCAGAACAAUGAGCAAACCAUGCAAUCUUGGCAUCUUGAUGGCUAUGAUUUCUGGGCCAUCGGUUAUGGAUCCGGCAAAUGGACAGAAGCUAGUAGAAAGAGCUACAAUCUAAUUGAUGCUCUUACCAGACAUACCGUUCAAGUAUAUCCCAACUCUUGGAGUGCUAUAUAUGUUUCUUUGGACAACCAAGGCAUGUGGAAUAUGAGGUCUGCUACAUGGGAAAGGCAAUAUCUAGGGCAACAAUUUUAUCUCAGAGUUUACAACCCAGUUCAAAAUCUUGCUAACGAGUAUGACAUUCCAUCAAAUGCUAUACUUUGUGGAAAAGCUGUUGGCCGUCAUAUUUAGAAUGAUAUUCAUGGAACAUUCAGUUUUCUGGUCAUGAGGGGAUGACUGCAAAUGAAGAACAGAUGUUUUUAGCUUCUUGAUUGAUAUUAUUUAUGUACUUACCAAAAUAUAUUUAUCUAUUCUGUACGAUUACUUGAUUAAAAUUCUGGCUUAAUUUUUUUCA